CAUUCUCUACCCACUCCGCGCUUACACAGUACACAUAACGCAAAAGACCAAAGAUUUCCUUCUUCUCCUUUCUCUUCUCAAAUUCUUGCUGCAAGAAAGCUUUCUUUUUAACUGUACCAAGAACAUUUUCUCCAUUUCUCAAACGCCCCCCAAAGCCCUGAUCUCAAUGGAGGAUAGCCAAUUCAACAAUCUGUACCAAGACCCAGAAACCCUAUUCCCAAAUUCGUCCGUUUCUAGGGUUUUUGAGUGGGAGAAAGAUGUCAAGUUGAACGAAGAAAGCAAAGAUUCCGCAAUUGAUGGAGAUUGGGAUUCCUUGGUUGAUUCUAUGCUUUGUGACUCAAAUUCAAGACUAAUCCCAUCUGGGUUUGCUAGAUCGAAUUGCGCAGAUGAAAUCGUUAUGUUUGUAAAUGCUGGAGAUGAAGCUGCAAUUGAAGCAGAUUCCUCGGUCAAAUUUCUGGGUGACACUAAUUUUGAAGGAGGAAAUGUUUUACGAACCAAUGAGCUUAUAAAUGAGGCUGGAGAUUACCCAUUUAUCUAUCAGUCCGCAAGAUUGGGUAACUUCUGUUAUCGGUUCGAUAAUCUUCCUUCUGGAGGCUAUUUUGUUGAUCUUCAUUUUGCAGAGAUUAUAAAUACAAAUGGGCCUAAGGGAAUGAGAGUAUUUAAUGUAUUCAUCCAAGAAGAGAAGGUCUUAUCAGAAUUUGAUAUCUUUUCUGUUGUCGGAGCCAAUAAACCAUUGCAAUUAGUUGAAUCAAGGGUCUCAGUGAAGGAGAAUGGAACACUUGUCAUAAGAUUUGAAGGGAUUAUUGGAAGCCCGGUUGUAAGCGGAAUUUGCAUAAAGAAAGCAUCAAAGGAGUCGGUUCCUUGCACUUCACAAGAAUAUCUUAAAUGCAACAACUGUGCUGCUGAGAUAGAAGUUUGGUCAGAUCAGCAGAAGAAACUCAUGCGAACAAAAGUUACAGACAAAUAUGAAAAGAAGAUACAAGAACUCAUUACUGAGUGCCAGCGCAAGACAAAUGAAUGUCAUGAAGCUUGGAUGUCAUUGACCACAGCAAAUGAACAACUGGAAAAGAUUAGAAUGGAGCUUGAUAACAAGAUCUUCCAGACACGCUCUCUAGAUCAAACUGUGGGGAAACAAUCUGAAAAUCUGAGGAAUAUUACUAGCAUGUAUGAACGUGAUAAAAUAUACUGGGCGGCAGCAGUCAAUAAUUUACAAGAAAAAAUUAAGAUGAUGAAAGAAGAGCAUUCUCAGCUUUCUCACGAUGCACAUGAAUGUGCUGAUUCAAUACCUCAGUUGAAUAACAUGGUCACAGGAGUUCAGGCAUUGGUUGCACAGUGUGAAGAUCUCAAGAUGAAAUAUAGUGAAGAGCAAGCAAAGAGAAGGGAGCUGUAUAACCAAAUUCAAGAGGCUAAAGGAAAUAUCAGGGUUUUCUGCCGGUGCCGCCCAUUAAGUAAGGAGGAGAUAGCAGUUGGACAUACAACAGUUGUUGACUUUGAAGCAGCAAAGGAUGGAGAUCUUGGGAUUGUAACAGGUGGCUCCACCAGAAAGACUUUUAAAUUUGAUCGGGUUUUCACUCCAAAAGAUAACCAAGCUGAUGUAUUUGCGGAUGCCUCGCCACUGGUUGUCUCGGUGCUAGAUGGUUACAAUGUUUGUAUAUUUGCAUAUGGUCAAACAGGAACUGGAAAGACAUUUACAAUGGAGGGCACUGAGGAAAACAGGGGAGUCAAUUAUAGAACUCUCGGGCAAUUAUUUAAAAUUGCCAAGGAAAGGAGCAAAACUAUCACGUACAGUUUAUCUGUUAGUGUCCUCGAAGUCUAUAAUGAGCAAAUCAGGGACUUGUUGGCUACAUCUCCAACAUCAAAGAAAUUGGAGAUAAAACAAUCUUCUGAGGGGUCCCAUCAUGUUCCAGGGAUUGUGGAAGCUAAAGUUGAUAACUUGAAGGAAGUGUGGAAUGUACUGCAGGCUGGAAGCAAUGCUCGAUCUGUUGGAUCCAAUAAUGUCAAUGAACACAGUAGCCGGUCUCACUGUAUGCUAUGUGUAACGGUAAAAGCAAAGAACUUGAUGAAUGGUGAAUGCACGAAGAGCAAGCUUUGGCUUGUGGAUCUGGCAGGCAGCGAGAGGCUGGCAAAAACGGAUGUGCAAGGGGAACGGCUAAAGGAAGCUCAAAAUAUUAACAGAUCCCUUUCUGCUCUAGGAGAUGUUAUAUAUGCUUUAGCAACUAAAAGUAGUCAUAUUCCAUACAGGAACUCCAAGUUAACACAUCUACUUCAAGAUUCCUUAGGUGGUGACUCCAAAACUUUGAUGUUUGUGCAAAUUAGUCCUUCAGAGCAGGACUUGAGUGAGACUUUGAGUUCAUUAAAUUUUGCAACUAGAGUUCGAGGCAUUGAGUUAGGCCCUUCAAAGAAACAAAUUGAUACAAGUGAACUUCAGAAAAUGAAAAUGAUGCUUGAUAGAGCAAGGCAGGAAUCCAAAUCUAAAGAUGAAUCCCUAAGGAAGCUGGAAGAGAACUUACAAAACCUGGAGAGCAAGGCAAGGGGAAAAGAUCAUAUUUACAAAAGCCAGCAAGAGAAGAUCAAAGAACUUGAAGGCCAACUUGAACUGAAGUCCAACUUGCAUAGUCAGUCCGAGAAGCAAGUCUCACAAUUUUCAGAUAAAUUGAAGGGGAGUGAAGAGAUUUGCAAUGCUCUCCAACAAAAGGUCAAGGAACUAGAGAACAAGCUUAGAGAGCGACAGCAGUCAGAUUCUGCAGUUUUUCAACAGAAGGUUAAGGAGCUUGAGAACAGGCUGAAAGAGCAAGUGCAAGAGUCCGAGUAUCAUUCCCUCACACUGCAAAAUAAGGUUAAGGUGCUAGAGAGAAAAUUGAUGGAGCAGGAACAGAACUCAGAAGCCUUGAGACUUCAGCAAAAGAUUAAGGAGCUAGAAGACAAAAUGAGAGAGCAAGAAAAGCAAUUGCAGUGCAUGCAAACUCAAGAUUUUUCUGGUGCCGCAAGGGCCACCCCUAUUGCAGGAAAAACCUGUAUAAAAGAUGAUGAAUUCCUGAGUGAAAUUGAGUCUCAUGUCCUGAGAAGUUCAAACUCAAUUAACCGUCCAUUAAGUCAUGGAUCUGCACUGCCAAAAGGAAAUGAGACUCUCCUCCAUGAUAAUACAAGGAAGAAAAGACAAUCCAGAAGUGGAGAAAUAGAGAACAAUAUCAUUUCAAGGAAAUCUGACCCUCCUAAAAUUAUAAGGGUUAUGAGAACAGCAAAGCCAGUCACAGCUGCUCCAGGGCCAUUGACUCAAAAGAGAAUUAACAGAGAUCAGGGACAAGGAAUUAAAGAGAGGGAUUCUAAGAAAAAGAUUUGGUCUAGGUAGUGCUGGUAUAUUGUUUCUUUACGUUCAUUCUUAUGAUUCAUAUAUAUGUAUUUUAUCAUCAUAAAUAUAGCUCAGUGUGCCUAGUGUGAAUGAAAAUGACAUUUUUUAAUCUUAUAGAAAUGAAAUGAAAAUUCAUCUUAUUUUAAUAAA